AUGGGCGUACCUGUAGCUCUAGUCCUCGCCUUUGCUUUCCGCUACGAAGCUAUAAGAUGUGUCAAGAUGUUCCGUCAGCGAUGCAGAUGUGAUUACGACUCCGAACAACAGCUCGAUCAAGCGAAAGAAACCAAAGGAGUCAGACAGACGCUGACACCAUACACAACAGCAGCAGCAAGCUCGGAGACAGAUGAGCAGACCGCCAACACUGCUCCGAGCACACUUACUCGACACCCCAGUCAGGAUGUCGGAGAUCGUCAGAACGCGGUACCGGUCCUGUCGCAUAGGCUGAGACACGAUAGCAGUAUCCUGGCCUUGGUAUGUGGAGAGGAGGAAAUCUACGCUGGGACGCAGACGGGAGAGAUCUUGGUGUAUAGUCUCGGCACCUUUGAGCGGAAAGCUGUGGUCGAGGGACAUAGAGGAAGUGUGCUGGGGUUAUGUCUGUAUCAGGACGAGGGGUUGCUAUUCUCUAGUGCUGGAGACAGGAUUGUCAAUGUCUGGAACACGGCCGACUUGUCACGGAAAUGUUGUUUCUACUCAAGCUAUGAUGUCGGCGAUAUCUUCUGUGUGUCCUACUCUACGACACUACAGACGGUGUACCUGGGAGCACAGAACACUACCAUCCAGUGGUGUCGACUGCGCACACCCGAAAGAAGAUCACGACAGGACAUCCAUCCCAGCUUGAGAGACGACCCUUUCUUCGAUUCUGCUGGACCUGGAGGUAUCCGAACGCCGAGACCUGCGGAGGCGGAUGUCACCCCUAGACAUGCUAGAGGUGGCGACACGAUCGAGAUCAACAAGGAUCAUGUGAGGCACUUUGCACAUUAUGGGUAUGUGUACUGUAUGCAGCUCGUCAAGGACGGUAUACCGGAGUCUGCUGGGAAUGAGAUCUUGAUCACUGGUGGUGGCGAUGGAGUGGUCAAGUUAUGGAAGCUGGAUGCUGAUCGUAACGGUGCUAUCGAGGAACUCUAUACUCUGGACGAUGGCCGGGAAGAAGGCCACAGCAUCCUGUCUAUCGCCGUCGACGGCACUUUCUUGUACUCCGGCAGAAGUGGCGGCGAAGUCGAUGUGUGGGACUUAGAAACUCGACAACUCGUCCGCAACCUCAAAGCACACCGUGACGACGUCCUCACGAUCUGCGUCGGAGGCAGCUUCAUGUUCAGCGCCGCCGUCACGGGCUAUGUCCGCAAAUUUGACAGACAAUACCAGCUCAAAUCCCGAUUAAAAGCACACGAUGGCCGUAUUCUCUCCUCAGCCUUUACAUACCACCGUCAACGGCCACUCUAUGUAACAGGCGGCAACGACUGUACAAUCGGCAUCUGGGACAUCAGCGACUGCAUGUCGCCCUCCACAGCCGCCACCCGAACAAGCAAUGAACAACUCUUCGAAGCCCUCCGCAAAUUUGUCUCGUACCGCACCGUCUCCUCGGACCCAAAAUACCAGGUUGAUUGUAGAAGAGGCGCCUCUUACCUCCGCUCCGUCUUCAAGAACUUCGGCGCCACGACCGAGAUGCUCACAACGUCCUCCGGCCACAAUCCGGUAAUCCUAGCCCGUUUCCGCGGUAACCCAGCCACAGCCGACAAACGCAAGAAGAUCAUGUUCUACGGGCACUACGAUGUCGUGGCCGCCGAGAACGCUACAGGCAAGUGGAUGAUCGAUCCUUUUGCCAUGGAGGGACGGGAUGGCUAUCUGUAUGGUCGCGGUACGAGCGAUAACAAGGGGCCGAUCAUGGCGGCGAUAUUCGCGUGCGCUGAACUUACUAGUGAGCAGGCACUUGGAUCGGAUAUCAUUUUUUUGAUUGAAGGGGAGGAGGAGAGCGGGAGUCGAGGUUUUGAGGAAGCUGUGAGAGCCCGCAAAGAAGUGAUUGGGGAUGUGGAUUGGAUUCUAUUGGCUAAUUCUUACUGGCUGGACGACCGGAUCCCGUGUCUGACGUAUGGACUGAGGGGUGUUAUUCAUGCUACGGUGCAGAUUGAGAGCGAGCAUCCGGAUCUGCAUUCGGGUGUAGAUGGAUCGGCUCAGCUCGACGAAUCACUGAAAGAUAUGGUUAUGUUGCUUAGUACACUUUCUGGCAAGGACGGGGUGGUAAGGAUUCCGGGAUUCUAUGAUCCGAUCCCUGCUUUGAGUCGGGAGGAGGCGGCGCUGUAUCGGGAUAUUACGAGUGCGCUGGUGCAGCGGAAUCCAGAUCUUGGCGACCCGAAGGCCCUGGCUACGAGUUUGAUGAGGAGGUGGCGUGACCCUUCACUCACGAUCCACCGUUUUCAGACCUCCGGGCCGAAUAAUGCUACGAUCAUCCCUCGGCUGGCUAAGGCGUCGAUCUCUAUGCGAUUGGUUCCGAAUCAGGAGGCUGCGAAUGUGGCACAGGCUUUAGAGGAAUAUCUGCAUGAUCAAUUCGAGAAGUUGGAGAGUAACAAUAAGCUGACUGUUACUAUCGAUCAUCAAGCGGAGCCCUGGUUGGGUGACUGGACGAACGAGAUUUUCAAGACAUUGGAGGAGGCUAUUAUGGAUGCUUGGGGGCCGAUUGAUCAAUCGGAUCAGCAGCAUAGGAGGAGGAGGAGUAGUACGAGGAAGAGUCGGUCCGGGCCGCUCACGGUGGAUAUACCGGAGGGAAAUGGUGGUGGGUAUUUCGCGGCGAAUGUUAAGCCCAGUCCUACUACGAGUUCUACGCUGGCGGAGGGGAGUGUGGUUACGCCUCUGCUGUUGCCGCUCACUCCGUUGGCCGAGACGACGAAUGGGAAUAUGAGUACGACGGCAAAACCAACAGCGAAGCAUAAGAAGUCCAUGUCAAACGGUGCCUUCACGAACAGCCACCACAACGAGCACGUACAUGAGAUCACGGCCCGCCGCAAGCCUUUGUACAUCCGUGAAGGUGGCUCUAUCCCAGCUAUUAGAUUCCUGGAAAAGGAGUUUGGGGCUCCCGCCGCGCAUUUCCCGUGUGGUCAGGCGAGCGAUUCGGCACAUUUGGACAAUGAGAGGUUGAGGCUUGUGAAUCUGUACAAAAGUAGGGACAUUUUCAAGAGAGUCUUCGGGGAGUUGCCUAUGCGAUGA